AUGUCCACUAUUAUUACUAACUUGUUUCUUCUAUUCAUUUUCAUAUUCCUCUCUCAAACUACUUCUUCUCUCUCAAAAAGAUGCCAUCCAGAAGAUGAAAGAGUCCUUCUCCAAAUCAAAAAAGAAUUCAACAAUCCAUCCCUUCUCUCCUCAUGGAAACCACACACUGAUUGUUGUAACUUCAACUGGUACGGUGUUGCUUGUUCCGCCUUAAUCAACCAACGUGUUGGUUAUCUCAGUAUCUCGAACGACACAAACCUUUCUUCUCAAUUCCCUCCAUCUAUCGCUAACAUACCUUACUUAGAGGCACUAUUUAUCUUUGAUUUACCAAAUCUAACUGGACCAAUUCCACACUCCAUAACCAAACUCACCAAGCUCAAAUACCUCACAAUCAGCUCAACCGGCGUAACAGGUCCAAUACCAAAUUUCACAGACCAGUUUACAAACCUAGUUAACUUGGAUCUCUCACACAAUAACCUCUUUGGUACAAUCCCUCCUACGUAUGGUUACUUCAAUAAUAGCAACGUAGCUUCUUUGGAUCUCUCUUAUAACAAUCUCUCCGGGAAGCUCCCUAUUUCAUUGGCCAUGUUGGAUAUUUACCUUCUUGAAUUGGCUUAUAAUAACUUUGAAGGCGAUGCUUCUAUGCUUUUUGGUUCCAAUAAAAAGACAUUGGUGAUAGACAUUUCGGGGAACCGUUUUGCUUUUGAUUUUGGAAGACUUGACUUGUCUCAGACCAUAACAUCGUUGGAUGUGAGUCACAAUAAGAUAUAUGGGAAUUUUCCUAUGGCAAUGGAAAAUGUGACGUUUUUGAAUGUGAGCUAUAAUAGGCUGUGUGGUGAGAUUCCAAAGGUUGGUUAUUUCAACACUUUUGAUGUGUCUUCAUUCAUUCACAACAAGUGUUUGUGUGGAUCUCCUCUUCCAAGUUGCAAGUGA